AUGGAGGAUAAAGGGAGGUGAUAUAUAGGGCUGCACGAGCCCACUGGGGGGAGGAGAGAGGGAGAAGAGGGAGGAGAGAAGCAGGAGGUUUACAGCAGUAGCGCGAGGGAGGGAGCGGUGUGGUGCUCUUAUGCCGACCGGACUGUACACAGAGUCUAGAGACAAACUGCAGGCACAGACAGAAAAACACCAGACAGAAGAAGAGGAAAAUAGUGAUAGCGGGCCACGGACGUGUUUCUGAUUUAAACGCGCUUCCUUCACUUUCCGGGUUUCCCACAGUACAGUUACACACGCGGUCCCGCUCACAGGCAUGGGCGCGCUGAUUAUUUCUAUGCCAAAAUGCAUGAACGGCACUUGCUAAUAUACAUGCGAAUCCGACACAAAGUAAACCAACAGGGUCACCCACUGGAUUUAGGCACUAAUUCAACGUUCUGUUAAGAAGACAAACUGACACACAGGCUACCCCGCAGAAUGGAUGGACUCGCGACUCCUUUGAGGCACUCCAGAAAUUGUGGAUUAUAUUGUUAACCUCAAGGCGUGGGGGUAUUUCAAGAGUGAGACAUUGUCUACAGGCCACUGCCUCGCUCCGGACUCCUCUUGGGAAAUGGUUUUGGGUCGAUCCAAUCUCACCGCCGCGGGGGUGGCAGACGGCGGCGGGCCCGGAGGCCCGGGUGGCGACCCCCUGUCCGACCCCCUCUUCCAGGACCACACCAACCUGAGCAGCAGCUACGUGGGCGGCGGGGCCUUCUUCUGGCUGGUGUCCCAGGACAACGGCACCUGGAGCACGGAGAGGCCCACUCUCCAGCCCGUGGCCCCGCCGAGGGUGCGGGACCUGGCUCUGGCCCGGGCGGAGAUCGGGGUGCUGGGGCUGGUCCUCGCCCUCACCACCCUGGGGAACGGCUUCGUCCUGUGGGUGCUGCUGCGGAAGAGGAAGCCCCACGCGCCCAUGCACCUGUUCAUGAUCAACCUGUGCGUGGCGGACCUAGUGGUGGCCUUCUUCCAGGUCCUGCCCCAGCUGGUGUGGGACAUCACAGAGCGCUUCCAGGGCCCGGACGCCCUGUGCCGCUUCGUUAAGUACCUCCAGAUCGUGGGCAUGUUCGCCUCUUCCUACAUGAUUGUCGCUAUGACCAUGGACAGGCACUACGCCAUCUGCUGCCCUCUGCAGGCGUACCGUGGUGGUGCGCCCUCCCGCUGGAACACUCCCAUCAUGGUGGCGUGGGGGCUCUCCCUCGUGCUCAGCCUGCCCCAGGUGUUCAUCUUCUCACAGUCUGAGGUGGCCCCGGGCAAGUACGACUGCUGGGGCAACUUCGCCGAGCCGUGGGGACUCAAGGCCUACGUCACCUGGAUGACCAUCGCCGUGUUCAUCCUCCCAGCGUGCAUCAUCACCGUAUGCCAGGUCCGUAUCUUCAGGGAGAUCCACGAUAACAUCUAUCUGAAGUCGGAACGCGUGGUGUCGGCUGAGUUCAAGAGGAACUCUGUGCUCUUCCACUUCCCACACAGGGUCAGAGGAGGAGGAGGAGGAGGAGGAGGAGGAGAGCGGCACGGCAGCCACUCUUCACACCCCAGCUUCAGCCUCUCUCGCCCCCCUCCACCUACCGUGGACCCUCGGAACUCUUACGACCCCCAGUCGGUUGCCAACUGCACCGUGCCCCCUGUCCCUCUUUACAGCAAUUACGUCGACAACGAGACCCCCCACCCCCACUUCCAACCAGACGUAGACGACCCCAGCUCUCUACCCGACCCUGCCCUUUCAACUCCACCUCACGUCCCCUCCUCCUCCGCCACCACCGCCUUCCCCCACCCCAGACCCGCCACCCCUCACGCUGGGCACACGUCUAACCCCGCCAGCUCUUCUGACCUCUGGCCGGACGUCCUGCCCGACCCGGUGCCCUUCGCCCUACCCUCAGGCUACCCCCCGCUGCCGCCCCCGUCGCUGCCCCCUCCACUGGGCAUCUCCAAGGCGAUGUCCAAGACGGUGAGGAUGACCCUGGUGAUCGUGCUGGUCUACACGCUCUGCUGGUCGCCCUUCUUCAUCGUGCAGCUGUGGGCAGCGUGGGACCCCAACCCACCUAAUGGUGAGGGCCUAGGUGUGGCGUUCACCAUACUGAUGUUGCUGGCCAGCCUGAACUCGUGCACAAACCCCUGGAUCUACACGGCCUUCUCCAGCAGCGUGUCGCGGGAGAUGCACGCUCUGCUGCGCUGUCGCUGGAGGCCGGCGCGCCGCGGCUCCCUGCCGGACGACUCCACCACCACACACACCUCCACCACCACAAAGGACAGCAUCUACUGACGAGCACAGCAGCCGCAGCCCAGCCGGACGACUCCACCACCACACACACCUCCACCACCACAAAGGACAGCAUCUACUGACGAGCACAGCAGCCGCAGCCGCCGCCGCCCAGCCGCAGAGGCAGAGGCUGUGACGGACGUGCAGGCCCACAUACACACAGACACAUUCAUACACACACAUACUCAC